AUGUCGGGCCACAAGAGAACCACAGGGGCCCCAGAAACGCCCACGGGACAUGGAGGAAACACCACGUUGGGCCACAAGAGGACCACAGGGGUCCCAGAAACGCCCAUAGCACACAGAGGAAACACCACGUUGGGCCAUGAGAGGACCACAGGGGUCCCAGAAACGCCCAUGAGACAUGGAGGAAACACCACGUUGGGCCACGAGAGAACCACAGGGGCCCCAGAAAUGCCCACGGGACAUGGAGGAAACACCAUGUUGGGCCAUGAGAGGACCACAGGGGCCCCAGAAACACCCACAGGACACAGAGGAAACACCAUGUCGGGCCACAAAAGGACCACAGGGGUCCCAGAAACGCCCACAGGACACAGAGGAAACACCACGUCGGGCCAUGAGAGGACCACAGGGGCCCCAGAAACGCCCACAGGACACAGAGGAAACACCACGUCGGGCCACAAGAGAACCACAGGGGCCCCAGAAACGCCCACGGGACAUGGAGGAAACACCAUGUUGGGCCACGAGAGGACCACAGGGGCCCCAGAAACGCCCACAGGACACAGAGGAAACAUCACACUGGGACACGAGAGGACCACAGGGGCCCCAGAAACACCCACGAGACAUGGACGGAGCACCAUGUUGGGCCACGAGAGGACCACAGGGGCCCCAGAAACGCCCACAGGACACAGAGGAAACACCACGUCGGGCCACAAAAGGACCACAGGGGUCCCAGAAACGCCCACAGGACACAGAGGAAACAUCACACUGGGCCACGAGAGGACCACAGGGGCCCCAGAAACGCCCACAGGACGCAAAGGGAACACCACGUCAGGCCAUGAGAGGACCACAGGGGCCCCAGAAACGUCCAUGGGACAUGAAGGAAAGACCAAAUUGACCCAUUAUAAGACCAUGGGAGCUCCAACAAAAUCUACUCGACAUCAAGAAAAGGCCACAUCGGCCACUGAGAACAUAAAAUCCUCAAUUAAACUCACAGAAAAUCCAGCAAAAACCACAGCAGCUACAGACAGUAUAAGACCUCCAGUGAAGGUCACAGGAGACACAUCUAUCAGUACUACCUCUCCUUGUUCAAAUAAAACUGUUUCCUGUCGUGUGCCCGUUGGUUCUUUUACACCCACCAGGUCAAUCACGUCAGAAGCCCCUGACAACAAGAGCCAUCCGCAGCAGAACAAAGGCGACUCACAUAAUUUCCAGGCUGGAGAGACGGGGGAGAAUGAUCCCUUCCCUGCAUGGGCCAUAGUUGUCGUGGUCCUGUUGAUCGUGAUUCUCCUCCUGGUGUUCCUGGGCCUAAUAGUCUUGGUCUCCUCUUUGGUGCAAGCACGCCGUGCACGGAUCCAGAACACGGAAGACAAUGACCCAGCGGAUGAUGGGGGCCCCAAUUCCUACCCAGUCUACCUGAUGGAGCAGCAGACUCUCGGCAUGGCCCAGAUCCCUUCCCCACGAUGA